AUCGCCGAAAUGAAUGAUCGACAGUUCGAUCGCUGUUUACACGAGCGAGGGCAUUAAGCUGUGUAUUGAUUAAUGUGAACAUUACAAUGUUCUGAUUUCUGUACGAUACGGCAUUUUUUUAUUUUCAUAUGUUUAUCGAAAUCUGGAUUGACUAUGAUAUUUGUGAAUAUGGACUAAGGCAUUUGUGAAUAUGAGAUGUGAAAUUUUCAUGUUCGUCUUUUGUACGAUAGGCCGUAAAUGUUGAAUAGCGGUUUGGAUUUAUAAAUUUCUGUGAUCGACGGUUUGAAAGACAAACUGUAUGGUGUGUUUUCAUACUAUCUUUAUAUAAUAUCUUUUAUUUAAUCGGUCGAGUUGUCUGUCGGUAAAUACCUAAUAAUAAGUAACGAGUACCAACUGUAGGUACACGCUGGAACUAGUGAGUACAUAUAUUCACUUUAGACUAGUUUGUGAUUCGGUUUGUGCGCAAUAAAGACAUUUUUAAAGGCAACAUAAUUUUUCACAAUAAGCUUAUCAAUCUGUUUGGUAGUUAUAAACUUACAAAUGUAUCUAGAUUUAUUUGUAAUGGAAAUUCAGAAAGAAAUACACAUCAUAUGACUGCUAUCAAGGAUAUGUCAUUACGACCAUUAAGUGAAAAUUAGAAUAUGAAUACGCGAGAAGCCGACGAACAUGACGGUAUGCGAGAGAUGUUUGCUAGAAGCACAUGAGAAUUAGACAAGACAUUAACUAAAGAGAAGAAGUGCAUAAGUUAGUCAGAACAACUGUCUACUUAUGAUUAUCAUUGAUUGAUCUUUGGCCAGAAGCAAGCGAUGAUUUACCACUCGCCACCUGCAAAAUCAAAUUAACGGAUCAACCUAACAAAUAUUGGUUAUUUCCGCCAGAUGGUCAAACAAAGAGAGCUGGAGCCUCGUACUAAGCUUUUUAUACAGAAAUAUAUUUAUUGGUAUUAUUAGCCCAAUAUCGGCAUAUUUGCAUCUUGUAUACAAGAUUAUACUGUUAUUUAUAUACAUUGUACGUGUAAAAAAAAGCGGUUGCGUCACAGCCUCUGUCGCAGGAUACAUAACCACGUGUUUGACAACCAACGACGUAAUUAUAAAGAAGCAGGCUGCAUGUAAGGAACCUUAUUAAUCGGAUCGAUAGCGAGAAUCAGACGUACCUUUGGCAAGAGAUACAGUCCUAUGUUCAGCGAAAAGAAAACGACUUCUUAGGAAAUACCAGAAGCAAGUCAUCGAGAAUCAGACGCGAAUUUAAACAGAACCAGACGACACAUCGGGAUAAGCAGACGGCACUUAUAAUUAAAGCGGAAUCAAAACGAGAUGGCAGAGCGCGUUGUCCGAAACGUGGAGAAUGACUACUUGAUGUGCAGCAUCUGCCUGGGUCGGUACCAGGACCCCCGCCUGCUGCCCUGUGGUCACAGCUUCUGUCGCCAGUGUCUGGAUGAUCAUGUCAAACAGACGGUCACAGACAGCGCGGCCCAGUUCUUCAUGUGCCCUAAUGACCGUACACAGAUUGAACGACCAGCGGUCGGCCUUCCACCGAAGCGCUGGGCAGAGGCGUUUCCGGUGGACACGUUCCUGAGCAGCCUGGUGAGCGCCGUCAUGAUUCACGCGUCAACGGCGAGCGAUGGCGAGACAUCCACGGCCGUAUGCAAGCAGCAUAAAAACCGCCUUAAAGAGUUCUUCUGCGUUCACCAUUGCGUUUCCGCGUGCGCGCUCUGUGUUGUGAAGAGCCACAAGGAAGACAAAUGCGACUGUGUUAGUCUAGAGGAGGCGGUUGAUCGCCUCCGACCCAAGAUGGACGCGUUACGGAACACUUUGCAAAAACAGGUCAAAGUGGCAAAAUCGCUUCAACAGAGGAACGAUGCGUCUAGGAUGGAUUUUCUGGACGCAAGUAAAGAUCGCGUUUUAACGGAACUGACCGAUUUAGAAACCAAAAUGACGUUCUACUUUCGGACGGCAUUGCAGCAGAUCGCUGAUAUGAAAUCGACGGUACAGGAGGCGGGAAAAUCCAUGGUGACUGAAAACGCUUCGGCUAUAGUCAGCAAUAUUAACGAGACGAUUGAAAAAUUUGACGAAGUCUGCAAUAACGGAUCCGGUCCUGAAAUUUUCAAAAUUGUCUCCAAAAUGGAAACACAGGUAAAAGAAUACGAAAACGCGUUAAAGACUCUCGUGAUGCUGCCUCCUAGAAUCGAAGUACAUUUCGCAAUAAAUAGAAACACUGAGCGAAUAUUUGAAAACUUCCCUGUCUUGGGUUCAGUUAUAAUCCAAAGCCCCGGACAUCAAGGUUAUGUGUGUCGCGGUCACCACGGUUGCUCUCCGACCUCCGCGUACGAUCAUGCCAACGCAAAGACUACGCCUGUCCCCAGGCUUUCACUGGGAUCACUCGAGACUGCCCGGACCGCGCGUUCUUCGCGGUCUGUCAGCCAGAGUACUAACCGCUCCGAUUUCACGGAUUCUCCCCGUUCCGUCCGCUCCCCAACGCGGCCAAAGGUCACGGUCAGCGUUCAGAUUGUGGAUCAGGCGAACACUUCGUGGCAACUGACCGGAGUGGCAAUCAUCGGUGAUUGCCUCGUCAUCACAGACGCUCAUAACAACCAAGUAUUCAGGUUUGAGACCCGGCCGUCCGGCGCAAUGCCCGAACAGCUGUCCAUCGACUGUCCUGUGUGUGUAGCUCCUGGUCAUGGAGGCUCGGUUGCCAUGGUAACGCAACCGGAACACCGGAAGUUGUCGCUGCUGGACGUAGGCAACGGUCUGGUUGUCAAAGAAUUUAUCGAAACUGCGAAACCGUAUGAAGGGAUUGCAAAACUCCUAGAGGAGAGAUAUGCGGUGUCUUGCUGCGUGGUGGAUCGACAAUGCAUUGACAUUAUUGAUGUCGCCGGUACUAUUCUCCAAACCAUCGAUAAAGACGAUACAGGAAAUAUGAUUCUUAGCUGGCCACGGUUUCUCUCCGCGACGACGGGCGGCGACAUUCUGGUCUCAGACCGGGACAAACGAGCGCUCAUUUGCAUAUCUCUCGCCGGCCGCGUCAAAUGGACGUACCCGACCAACGCUUCUCCCUGGGGUGUCACUUGCCACAACUCGGGUUCCGUCUACCUGUGCCUGGAUACCAAGGAGAUUCAGGUGCUCACCGAGGCCGGUUCCCUUGUGAAGCGGGGAUUCGUCAGCCGGCGAGACGAUAUUCAAGUGCCGUACGCUAUACACGCCGUGGAGGACUAUAUUGCUGUGACGGAGUGGGGUUCGAACUUGUUCGCUCCGAGCAGUCCGCGUGUGCAUAUGUUCGCCACGUAAAUAAGAAACGAUGUGGCUAUCAAUGCUGUUUUCAUAAGAAAGUUAAAAUUCAUGUACGAGCUUUAUGUCUAAGACUCUGUUAUCAAGUGUUAGUUCACACUAUGUUUACCGGUAUGUUUUAGACAAUGAAACCUUUAGGUUCAUUCCCUGAAACAAAUAGACUUGAAAAGUCAAUUUGUUUAGAAAAUAUAGGUUCUUGCCGAAACGCGUUAAAUUAUUUUGUGAUUUAUGCUUUGAUUAUGAUCUCUGACUUAAAAUGUAGGUUACAUAUUUCAUUUAAACUUUUAAAGUAAAUGUUUCAGCGCUUGAAUUCGUUUUGAUCAUUUAAAAUCUUCCUAAAUCUAUAUAAAAAAGUUUUUACUGUGGUUCAUAUUACAGUUUUUUAUGUUGAUUUAUUUUCAUUGUUAAAUUUCUCCAUUAUUAGUCUUUAACUAGAUUUCACUUGUGUUGACCUUUUCCGUGAGGUCGUGCUAAAUAUGUGCAAAGUCUACGCGUCAUAUACAUGUAGUUUAUCUUGAAAUGGAGUAUUGGUUUUCUUAUGUUUUAUUGUUAAACGUGUUCUAAAGCUAGAUAUGAUUGUUUUAUUGUUUAACCGACUCUAAAAUACUUAGUUGUGUUAUGUUUUGUCACUAUAUGGUAAGUAAUAAGACUCAGGCGUAAGUAUUAGGACAAUAAUGGCACGGACCGUAAGCGAUUUCCACUGUUCAUGUGAUAAAUGUUUCAGCUUUUGCGAAUUAUAUACAUAAAAUGUACAUAUAUUUUUAUAUAUUAAAAUAUGCGCAUGCUUUAUAAAGAGAUAUGCGUUGCUUUAUUUUAAAUUAUUUAAUAUAGCAAGUCUCAGCAAUGUCAUGGUGAUUUAGUGUACAUACAUUACUUUUACUAAAUACUGUACAUUAAAUUUUCUUCGAUUUAAAUGUUGAAAAAGAUAGGCCUAUGUUUUCCUUUGCUACCGUUGAUGACAAUAAUCACGUGUUCUAAAUAUAUUUUAAAGUCCUGUGUGUAUUUAUUUGUAGGCCCAAUUUUUUUACUUGCUACAGAAUACAGUCAAUGCGAUUUAUUUCACAAAAAUAUUGUUUGAAUUUCCUUCAAUUUCUUUGACUGAAGUUUCUUUGAAGUUAUUAUGACAGAAAUUACGUCAGCGAUGUCAGUUAGUAAAAGAAACUUAAACCCGUUGGUAAAAUGUAACAGCGUGUUUUCGUAAAAAUUUAACCUGUGUUAUCGUUUGAAUGUAUGUGAUAACGAGAAAUAUUGUUAAAAAAUAUAUUUGGCAUUCCAUGAUGGGAAAUUAAUGUUUUAAAUCUAUUAUUUCUUAAUAAUUAAAUUAACUGCAAA